AUGUCCCAAGCUUCUGCAUCUGUUGUGACCACGAAAAGACAAAAGGCGCUCCUUACUAUGAAAGGUUACUCGUCGAAUUGGGACUGUACACGCUCAAACGAAGAGAUCCAGGACAAGACAGAAUUAGAGGAAGACGAGAGGUCUCCUAGCUGUCUUGAUUCGCUUCGAUCAUAUAUCACAAAGUGUUUCACAGGCACCACGUCUGGUAACCCUGCUUUGCAGCUACCUGUACCCAGCAAGGACGUUGCAGAAAAGCACAUGCCCUCCCAAGCUGCUUCAAAAAUCGCAGUCCUCCGCCCAGAUAAGACUGGAAAGUACCCAUGUGGUCAAUGCAGUAAAACUUUCAGCUGCAUAGAUCCCUACAUCUUCCACAUACAAGAAUGCCAUAAGGCAGAAACGCCAUCUGAUCUCCUGGUGUCGCACUACAGAUCGAACAACCCGGAGGUAAAGACAGUAGAUCGAACAUCCACACCGAGGGUUGAUACCGCCAAUCUUCACUCGCUUACGACUCUGCCACAUACUGUUGCUUCUUCUGUUGCAUCCGAUAAGACGCUUGUGAAAGCAUUGCAUCCAGGCUGCUUUGAUCAAAUCGCAGCGUGCAAACAGACCUCGCAAACGAUAGAGGUUGCAGAUGCAAUCCUCAACAACAGCAUCGACGCAGUCCUAUCCAUUGAGUUUUGUUUUGCGACUAGCAAAGGUGUUCGCAGCUGCAGAGUGCUUGUUCUUACCCAGUCUGACACAGUCAGGCUUCUGCAAGUUGUAAGCCUCAGUGCGCUCCUUGUACAUAAGCGUAUUGUAAGGCAGAUGCGAUAUAUCCUAGGCGAUCAUGCUUACGAACAGGCACUGUUGAUGCAACAGAGGCGCAUCUUCUUGCCGUGUCCUGUUUACUCAGGCUCCCCAACUGAAGAGAUACUAGGCAAAUCUGAGAUUGGAGAAUUAGUAAAAGACAAGGAGGUCUUACUUGAGCAGUGCUCUCCGCUUCUUCAGUCGUACGCUCACUUAAUUUUGAAUCUGUAG